UAUACGAGUGAAAGAUGACCCAAAAUCAAGCUCAAUUUGAAUAAGUCCCAUAAUGGCUUCUGCAAUUUUUACUCCCAAUUCAUAUUUGUCUUCUUUGUCAGCUAAGCCCUCUAUAUGUGCUUUCUCAAAUUCAGCAAUUAUAGUCCCCAAAAACGUGAGUUUUCAGUAUUUGAAAUGCAUUCGUCAACCGAGUGUUGGUCCUUUUUCUCCUUGGAACGGUCUUAAGAAUAUGGGCAUCUCAAUCUCGCAACGUUCCAUUAAAAUAGAAAGAAAGGGCAAAUGUACAGGUAAGGGAGCAUAUGCAUCUCUAUUUGGAGUUGGGGCUCCUGAGGCUCUUGUCAUUGGAGUGGUGGCUUUGUUAGUUUUCGGGCCAAAGGGUCUUGCUGAGGUUGCUCGUAACCUGGGAAAAACUUUACGGGCAUUCCAACCUACAAUUAGAGAACUUCAGGAAGUUUCGAGAGAAUUUAAAGGCACGCUUGAACGAGAAAUUGGUCUUGAUGAAAUUGAAAAUCCAGUGAAAAAGAGUCCUUCAUCAAAUGCUAAAUCCGAAGGCUCAGAAUUGAAUGUCGACCCCAUAUGUCUUUCUUCUGAAAUAUCAGAUGGUUCUCCACCCGAAACCGAAGAUCCCUUAGCGGUGCAAUUGAGAAAUACUCUUGCUCAGCUACAGAAAGAGCAAUCUGAGGCCGAGUCUCAAGAUACUGCACCAGAAGUUGCUUCAAAAGUACCUCCGACUGAAAACCCCGGACAUAAUGCUGUUGAAGAAGCUACAUCAGCAGUGGAGCCCCCACCAGAGCCAGAAAAUAUUGCUGUUCAAGAAGUUGCAUCAGAAGUAGCUCAGCCUGUGAAACCUGAAAGCGAUGAACUUCAAGAGGUAUCAUCAUCAGUAGCUCUGCCAGUGAAGCAUGAAAGCAAUGAACUUCAAGAAGUUGCUUCUGCAGUGCCUUCUCCUCCAAAGCCCGAAAACAAGACAUGAAAAUUUGAAUUUUUUUUCUAAACAGAAAGAGUAAACCUAGUACUUGUCCAUUUUGUUUUAUCUAGCCUGUCUGGGACCAGUUACAUUUUGUCCUUAAAAACCAAUGCUAGAAAUUAAGAGUAAAUUACUCAGGCCAGUGAUCAUUUUACUAGUUUUCAUUGAAUUAAUUAAAUACAGCUGUUAUACAAGUUAGUUUUCAUUAGGAGGAUUGGAAUCGCCCAACGGUAGUAUGGUAGAAGCGAAAAUCUCAUUUGUGAUGGUACAUUGUGAUAUUUAUGACGUUAUAUUCUCUCAUUUUACAAUA